CAAGCAUUUUUGUAGGCUGGGAGGCCCCAUGGCAUCCCUCCCCGUCCUGCAGAAGGAGAGAGUGUUCAAGUCGGGAGCACAGGCCUAUAGAAUCCCUGCUCUGCUCUACCUGCCGCAGCAGAAGACUCUGCUGGCCUUCGCAGAAAGGCGCAAGAGCAAGAAGGACGAGGACGCAGAGCUGAUUGUCCUGCGCAGGGGAAGCUAUGAUGAGUCCACCCACCAGGUCCAGUGGCACGCUCAGGAAGAGGUGGCCCAAGCCCAGCUGGAGGGCCACCGGUCCAUGAAUCCAAGUCCCUUUUAUGACGAGAACACGGGGACCCUCUUCCUCUUCUUCAUUGCCAUCCCCAGGCAGGUCUCUGAGCAACACCAACUCCACACCAAGGUCAAUGUGACACGGCUGUGCCAAGUCACCAGCACCGACCACGGCAGGUCCUGGAGCCCCACCAGAGACCUCACAGACUCUGCCAUUGGCUCGGCCCACGGGGAAUGGGCCACCUUUGCGGUGGGCCCGGGGCACUGUCUGCAGCUGCACAACGAGGCGCAGAGCCUGGUGGUGCCAGCCUACGCCUACCGGAAACUCCGUGCCCACGGGCGGCCCAGCCCCUCCGCUUUCUGCUUCAUCAGCCACAACCACGGGCUCACAUGGGAAAGAGGCAACUUUGUGGCCCCGGAAACCGUGGAGUGCCAAGUGGCUGAGGUCGGGGGUGCAAAACAGAGGAUGAUAUAUCUCAACGCUAGAAGCCCCCGUGGGGCCAGGAUUCAGGCCGAGAGUGUCAAUGACGGGCUUGAUUUCAGGGGGGCCCAACUGGUCCAGAAGCUUGUGGAGCCUCCCCAUGGCUGCCAUGGGAGUGUGAUCGCCUUCCCCAGCCCCAGAGCGGGGUCAGGCUCCACAGACAAGUGGCUGCUCUACACUCACCCUACUGACCCCCGGCAGAGAACCAACCUAGGUGCCUACCUCAAUACACGGCCCCCAGCCUCUAACGCCUGGUCCCACCCAGCCCUGCUGGCUGAGGGCACCUGUGCCUACUCAGACCUUCAGAGCCUGGGUGUGGGCCCCGAUGGCUCACCCCAGUUUGGGUGUCUGUACGAACAUAAUAACUACGAGGAGAUCAUCUUCCUCAUGUUCACCCUGAAACAAGUCUUCCCAACUGAAUUUUCGGCUCAGUGAGCCGGCCAUGUGCUACCCCCUAUUCUUGUCCCCCUGCUCAUGCAAAUACCCUAUGAUCCAGCAAUUCCACUCGGAAGUAUACAUCCAAGAGAAAUGCAAGCAUAUAGCUGCCAAAUACACGGAUGAGCAUAUUUACAGCAGCUUCAUUCAUAAGAGUCCUAAACUGGAAACAACCCAAAGGUCAAUUGAAAACAGAAUGGGUAACUAAACUGGGGACUAUUGAUGCAAUGGAAUAUUACCCAAUAAUAAGAGGAUCAACUACUGCUAUACAUAAUAGUAUGGUUGAUUUUCAGAUGGUAUGUUGAGUGAAAGAAGCCAGACUCAAAAGAAUACAUUCUUUAUAAUUCUAUGUACAUGAAGUUCAAGAACAGGCAAAACCCAGUCUAUGGUAUAUACAGCAAGACACUGGUGGAGGAAUACUGUUCACUGCGAAGGGUCCUGGGAACAUUCUAAUGUUUGACCUGGUGCUGAUCAGGA